AUGCCAAAUUUAGUGUCGCAGCCGACUCGCCGCAGCCAGAAAGGUGGACAUAUAGGCAUUCAUAGGAAUAAGAUCUUUAAGAACGAAACAAAGGAGGAGUACGAGAAAAGAGUGUCAUUUGUGAUUGAUAUGCUGCAUAGCCGUGUGAAGCCUAUCGUCGAUGCUGAAAUUUUCCAUGCCCUCUUCACUUUACUGAAGAAAUCGUGCGACGAUACAGACCUCUUGACUAUACGUGUGAUAAGCUUACUGACCAAAAUGCUGACAUCGCCAGGAAAGUAUAAGAUAAAUCCUGCUGACCUGGAAAUGGAUUUCGUGGUGGAAAUGAUGCGCGCGACACACAGUCACCAUGUUCUCCGAGAAUCCCUUCGAUUGCUUACAGCCGCUGUACGCUUGUCACCUAAUACCGUAACAUCACACGUGAUGUCUGUUUUUACCUUUAUGGGAAGUGGAUUGUUUCGGAAGGAUAACGAGCUAACCUUGAAGAUAAUCGAAGACACGAUAGAAGCUUUAUUUUGCGCUAUUUGUGAGGAGGACGGCAAGACGCUACCUACCGAGAUGCGCAUUCGCCUUGCAAAUGUAGCACGGAUUCUCGCAGCUUCCAUGUGCGAUAUUCCUGCUCAUCGCCGAGCGCGUAUGGCCCAUGCCAUUGCUCGUGCCGUCAAGCACGUCAAUGUGUGGAUUGUGGCUGGUGUCCUCCUGGAACAUUUCUGUGCAAGAUGGCAACGCUCAGCUGCGGAUGCCGGCAAGAGGUCCUCCGAGCAGGACGCCUUUGAUGAUUUCGCUCUUGAACUUUGCGCAGGUCUUGAUCCUGUCCAUCAAUUUUCUGCAAUCACAGAUCUUGUGAGCUUCACUGUGAGACUCGGUGGUGAUCGUCCCACACAUUCACAAGAGGAAACAUUAGAUCAAGCAGUUUUCGACAGGUUUUUCCUUGCUUUCUUUCUCACUACCGAGUAUCCUUGA